AUGACCGCCAACGCCACUCCUGGCGUCGUCGACAACGCCCCAAACGCUUUCAGCUUUCCUUCGCAAUCUGGUCAAAUGCCAUAUUUCAAUUUUCCUCCCAACUACACAGCCACCGGCGAUUUUUCCAGUUGGGCGAACGCACAGACGACAGCCAGCUGGUACCAACCCGAUCCACGAUUCGCAAUAAAUCGCUUCGGUGGUCCCAAUCUUGGUCUGAAUAUCGCUGCCUCACAGGGCCUAGUGAAUUCGAUGAGCAGGCGGAAGCGACGGGUUCUCUUCACCCAACAACAGGUGAACGAGCUGGAAAGGCAAUUCCGACACAAGAAGUACUUGAGCGCUCAGGAUCGUGAGCUCCUUGCGAAGAACAUCGGUCUGUCGCCCACUCAGGUGAAGAUCUGGUUUCAAAACCAGCGAUACAAGCACAAACGACAAGACAAGGAACGUGCGAUGAGCAAAGGUGGUGGCAGGGAGAACAGCGAGUCACCUGGAAGUCAUGAUGACUCGCUGCGUUCAUGGAAAGUCCCUUUCCUUAAAAGCGACUGGACGAUUCACCGAUGGCAACCUGCAGUGGGGAUGAACGUUAACGUUGGCGUUCAUAAGGCGCAAAGCGCGGUCGGUAGUUCAACCGCUAGGCCCUCAGUUUUUCUUUUCGUUAGGACCGUCUUUCCUCGUGGAUUCCUUCUAGUCGCGAUCCGAGUCGUCUGCUCUAUCGUUUUUUGGGUCGCACACGGCUACACGGCAGGGACAGGUAUCACGUUCCCAUUCGCUCAGGGUUACUCAACUACCGGUCAAUAUCCGUAUCCACAAUAUCGAUUG